GUGCUGUCGCCCGGUUUCUACACGGAUACUUCCGCGUUGUAGACCGGAAGUGGGGCUUGUAGGACAUCCUGCAGAGUCCCCGGGAUGGCCCUGGACGGGCUGUCCGGUUAUGUUUACAAGGCUGCGGCAGAGGGCCGAGUACUGACUCUGGCAGCCCUGCUUCUCAACCGCACGGAGCCCGAGAUCCGCAACCUGCUCGGCUCGGUCACCCAGCAUGGCGGACAGAGAUCCACCCCACUUAUCAUCGCCGCCCGCAACGGCCACAGUAAGGUGGUGCGACUGCUCCUGGAGCAUUACCGGGUGGACACCCAGCAGACCGGCACCGUGCGCUUCGACGGUUACGUUAUUGAUGGAGCCACAGCUCUGUGGUGUGCGGCUGGAGCUGGACACUACGAGGUGGUCAAGUUGUUAGUCAGUCAUGGAGCUAAUGUAAACCACACAACCGUAACGAACUCUACGCCCCUAAGGGCAGCAUGCUUUGAUGGGAGACUUGAUAUUGUCCGCUUCCUUGUGGAAAACCACGCAAACAUAGGUAUUGCCAACAAGUAUGACAACACGUGCCUAAUGAUUGCUGCUUACAAGGGACAUACUGAUGUAGUACGUUACCUUUUGGAGCAGAAUGCAGAUCCAAAUGCCAGAGCUCAUUGUGGAGCUACUGCACUACACUUUGCAGCAGAAGCCGGACACUUAGACAUUGUGCGCGAGCUUGUGAAAUGGAAUGCAGCCAUGGUUAUGAAUGGUCAUGGAAUGACCCCUCUAAAAGUGGCAGCUGAGACCUGUAAAGCUGAAGUGGUGGAGCUGCUUCUUCAGCAUUCAGACUGUGAUGCAGAGAGUCGUGUGGAGGCAUUAGAACUCCUUGGUGCUUCUUUUGCCAAUGACCGGGAGAAUUACAACAUUACAAAGACAUACCAGUAUCUGUACUUGGCAAUGCUUGAAAGAUUCAGAGAUCCAGCCAGUAUUCUUCACAAACAGGUUCUGUCUCCUGUUGAGGCCUAUGGAAUGCGAACAGAAUGUUGCACUCCACGAGAGCUGGAUGCUAUACGACACAAUACAGAUGCACUACAUAUGGAGGGCUUAAUAGUACGUGAGCGAAUACUUGGAUCCGAUAACAUAGAUGUAUCACACCCCAUCAUUUAUCGGGGGGCUGUUUAUGCUGAUAAUAUGGAAUUUGAACAGUGCAUUAAACUGUGGUUGCAUGCCCUAAAGCUGCGUCAGAAGGGAAACCGCAACACUCACAAAGACCUGCUGAGAUUUGCACAGGUGUUUUCACAGAUGAUCCAUCUUAAUGAACCAGUGAAAGCAUGCGAUGUGGAGAGCGUUCUGAGGUGCAGUGUACUGGAAAUUGAACGGGGGAUGACACGGAUUCGAAAUCCCCAGGAACCAGAUGCUCAUUCUGCCGUUGAAAAUCACGAGUGUAAUCUUUACACUUUUCUCUACCUCGUCUGCAUCUCCACAAAGACUCAAUGUUCAGAGGAGGAGCAGUCUCUUAUCAACAAGCAGAUCUACAGAUUGGUGCAUCUAGACCCUCGUACCCGGGAAGGUUGUAGCCUUCUGCACUUGGCUGUAGACUCUAGCACUCCAGUAGACGAUUUUCACACAAAUGACGUUUGCAGCUUCCCUAGUGCUCCAGUGGCCAAACUUCUCAUAGACUGUGGGGCUAAUGUAAACGCCACUGACAAUGUUGGCAACACUCCACUCCAUGUAAUAGUCCAGUACAACCGUCCCAUCAGUGAUUUUCUUACUCUACACUCAAUCAUAAUCUGUCUAGUGGAGGCAGGAGCACAUACAGACAUGACCAACAAGGAGAGGAAGACCCCACUAGAUAGAAGCACCACUGGAGUAUCUGAGAUUCUAUUGAAAACUCAGAUGAAGCUUAGCUUAAAGUGCCUAGCAGCCCGUGCUGUCCGACUAUACAAUAUCAAGUACCGUAAUCAGAUUCCCAAGAGUCUUGAGGAGUUUGUUGAAUUUCAUUGAGCUCGUGUAUGAGCACAAUCCUUUUAUUUUUAUUUUAAAAUUUUGUGUAAAUAUCUUCAUAGUUUUGAUCUUAUUAAUUAAUGGGGCCAUCGCAAAUACCUUUUAUACUCGGUACACACAAUUCCAUGUUUCAUGCUUUGCAUCCCUGUGUUGAGGAGCAGACCUUCUAAAGAGCAGGGAAGCUGCUUCCAGUGUAUUUGUUGGAGAGGUAUCUCUGAGACACAAGAUAAGGUGCUGAAAUAGAUCAAUUCAUUAUUUUAUUUUUAUUAUUUCCAAGGCAACAUAUUGGCAUUUUUAAA